GUGCUGCUCAGUCCUUCCAUGAGGGGCUGGAUGGGAUGUUGGCUCCUCCUUGUCUGCAGGAGUGUUGCAGCAGCUGACUGUUCACUCUGCACACUAUACAACACAAGGAAAACAACAAACAGCACAGGAAAUCAUAGCACUGGACAAUAUUAACAUUGUAUGCCUCUCUAUGACAUAAACAAACUAGAUAUUACUAUACAAAGACAGCAAACAACCCCUGAGCCCAGCAAAGCACAAUCCAGGGAGCCAUGUACUACUGCAAUGGGGAUAACUGCAAUCAGACUGACAGCGCUAAGGAGAAAGGACAUCCACGACACUUGAUUCCAGAACUGUGCAGACAGUUUUAUAAUUUGGGAUGGGUGACGGGGACCGGCGGUGGCGUCAGCAUGAAAUACGGGGAUGAAAUUUACAUUGCACCAUCUGGUGUCCAGAAGGAAAGAAUACAGCCUGAUGACCUGUUUGUCUGCGAUAUUGAUGAGAGGGACAUCAGCUGCCCUCCAGCGUACAAGAACCUGAAAAAGAGUCAGUGCACGCCGCUGUUCAUGAACGCUUACACCAUGAGAGGAGCCGGAGCUGUGAUCCACACUCACUCCAAGUCUGCUGUGCUAGCCACACUACUGUUUCCUGGGAAGGAAUUUCGGAUCACACACCAGGAGAUGAUUAAAGGCAUAAAGAAAGGCAGCUCCGGAGACUAUUACAGGUUUGAUGACCUCCUGGUGGUCCCCAUCGUAGAGAACACACCGGAAGAGAAAGACCUUAAAGAACGCAUGGCAAAAGCCAUGACAGAAUACCCGGAUUCCUGCGCCGUGCUGGUGCGUCGGCAUGGAGUCUACGUCUGGGGCGACACCUGGGAGAAAGCUAAGACUAUGUGCGAGUGCUACGAUUACCUCUUCGACAUCGCCGUGCAGAUGAAACAGCUCGGACUGGACCCGGCAGCUCUCCCCACAGAAGAAAAAGGAAUCGUCUAGAAAUCGCUCAUCGAUUUACGUUAUUUACAGCACAAAAAACAACCGAACUUUGUCCGCAUGGGACGCCGAGCCUCAUUCCGUAAAGUGAUAGUGACGUCACCGCCGAUUUUAUAUUUUAAUCUUAGUACAAAGUGCCAGUGCUAGUGUUGUGUUCUAAAAUCUGAGCAGUUGAACUUUUAAUAAACAUUGUAGGAGGUAAAUGU